AUGGAACCACUGUUAUUGCAAGGGCUGAAUGUAGCUCAAAAGGCUGCUGUUACUUCACAAGCAUCGGUCUUACAGGUACUCGCUCCACCCGGAUCCGGCAAAACCAAGACUCUUACCUCGCGGGUCGCGCAUCUCAUUGCCCAUCAUGGAUAUGACCCGCAGAAUGUCAUCUGCUGCACAUUCACCGUCAAGGCUAGCCGGGAGAUGCGAGAGCGACUUCGUGCUCUGAUUGGGCCCGAACUCGAGUCUAAACUGAUAAUGGGUACAUUUCAUUCGAUUUGCCGACGACUGCUAGUGGCUUAUGGCUACCUCAUCGGAAUUCCCAAGGCCUUUGGUAUCGCAGACAGUUCAGACAGUAUCAGCAUCGUAAAGCGUAUCAUCAAGCGACUGAACCUUACACUCGAACCAAAGGCAACAAGGUCUAAAAUCUCAGCUCAGAAGGCUAGAGCACAAACCUUGGAAGACAUUAGAAAGUCCACUCAGAAACAAGCGGACAAGCAAGAUUUUGUCACAGCUUUCUACGAAUACGAGAAUGAUUUGGCGACGUCACAGCUGCUGGACUACGAUGAUCUACUUUUGCGUUGCGUGGACCUUCUUCGGGCAUACCCUGCCUGCGUUUCCAAUGUCGAGGCGUUGCUGAUUGACGAGUUUCAAGACACCAACGUUGUCCAAUUUGAGCUCAUGAAGCUUCUUGCCGCAAAAAACAAAAGGAUCACCAUUGUUGGUGACCCUGACCAGAGCAUCUAUGGCUUUCGAUCGGCAGAAGUCGGAAAUCUACGGCGGAUGAAAACAACUUACCCGGAUACAAUAGUGAUCAACUUAGAAGAGAACUAUCGCUCUGCAUCCGCUGUGCUCAAGCUGGCACAACGCGUGAUAGAACAAGAUACCACCCGUCCACAAAAGAAAUUGAAGGCUACACAUUGUUUUGGAACCCAGCCUGUACUCAGACGCCUCCCGAACCCAAAGGAAGAGGCCUCAUGGAUCGCCAAUGAAAUAAAGAGGGUCAGCGUUAUGACUGGUUCCCUGUUGGCAUUUUCAGACUUCGCUAUCCUUCUCCGCUCGGCGCACCUUUCACUACUUAUUGAGAAGGAACUGGCUAAUUCUGGAAUACCAUAUCGUAUGGUCGGUGGCCAGCGCUUCUUUGACCGAGCGGAGAUCAGGAUUCUCAUCGAAUACCUUCGCACUAUUUCCCAUCCAGCAAAUAAUCAAGCCUUUCUCGCUAUCAUAAAUACACCUUCGCGGAAAAUUGGGGAAACUACCAUCGCCGAACUAGUACGCGUGGGCGAGGAAAGGAAAUUCUCUGUGUGGAUGGUAGCCCAGAAGGUCCUUUCAGGCAAUCUUGCCUUGGAUAAGAAUAUCUCCAAGCCUGCAGAACAGAAGCUAGGGCACUUAGUAUCUCUCGUCAGGAAUGCAAGAGACAAAGUAUCAACCGCACAGCCCGGAAAUGUCCCGAGUAUGUUGAUCGACCUAGUUGUGAAAGCUAUUGGCUAUGAAGACUAUCUGAAAGAGAAGUACAAGAAUGAUUACGAGAAUCGGUGGGAGAAUGUAAAAGAGCUGAUCAAAUAUGCCUCUGAGGUUUUGAUUGAUCCUGCAGAUGAAGAGUCGUUACCCAAUAUCGAUGGCAUAGAGCAAGAUGCCUCAAAUGGAGGCCAACAGGUCCUGGCGCAAUUCUUGGCCAAUAUUGUUUUGUCCACAGAAGUCAAAGAAGGAGAGUCGGUGGAGGACAAGUCUCGGGUCACAAUAUCCACCAUCCAUUCCGCGAAAGGUCUUGAAUGGCCGAUUGUAUUUAUUCCAGCGUUGUAUGAAGGGUCUAUACCGCAUUCACGAGCAGAGAACACCGAUGAGGAACGACGGCUGCUAUAUGUCGCAAUGACACGAGCACAGGCUCUCUUGACAAUGACAUUUCCAGUGGCACAAUCCCGAGAUGAAACGCCAUCGACACUCUCCCAGUUUCUCCCCACUGAGAUCCACCGCCUUCUCGCUUCGACUGGUCCACUGUUCAGUGAUAAAACCAUUCAAGAUAUGGCGAUGAUUUUGCGCAGGCCUGCACCAAGCCAGGAGGAGUUGGCCAAAAGCCUUGAGCGAAUGAGUCCUGGUAGAAGUCUGAUGGACGAUGAAUGGCCAGCCGAUGGGACCCGUAAGCCAAAGGCCAUGCCAUUUUCUGAAUCAAAAACCUUUGGAGAGGUUUUGAAUGGUUGUUCCAAGUUUCGGCCAUCUAGUCAGUCGGGUUUCGAAAGGAAUGAUCUCUCUAAGAUGGGAGGACAUGCAGUGAGUACCAUGCAUAGUAUCAGCUCAUUUUCGACCUCGAACACGACCAUUGGGUUUACGACUGCGAGCUAUCAAAUGAAAACGGCAUGUCUCCAGCAUCUGACAAGAUCAAGUUCAGAUCUUCUCCCACCGAACAAGAAAGCAAAGCUCUCCAAAUCAAGCUCUGGAAAUAGCACCAUAACUGCAUAUCUCUCAAACUCUGCGAAGCAGGCCUCAAUGCCAGAUGCGAGCACGUCAUCCGUAGUAUCAGUUCAUCUGCCCAGAGACCAGGUAACACCUAAGCUAGCUCUUCCGGCAUUGCGUCCGGAUGUUCCCACACCUUCGAUGAAUGGGAUUCCUUCUGAGCUAUCAUCACACAAGCUCAAUUCCCGGAGUGGCAUGGCUCAAAAUCGUCCAAUGCCGUCAAAAGAGAUCCCCGACAAUAGCAGGGGACGAUAUGUCACGUUAUUCAGCUCAUCGCCGCCACCACCAGAUCUUGACGAGAGAGUGGAAAGGGUUAAUAAUGCAUUAGAGGGCAAGGAAGAAAACCAAGAACAAGAGAGCGAAUUUAAGGAAACAAAGAGAACACUAUUGGAGCAGCCAUCGAUAUCCCGUGGUGUUUCUUUCAAAAGCCAUGUUCUCUCUCGGCCAGUCAAUACCAUGCAUAGCACCACUAUGUCGUCAAUAAGGCAAACUGGGGCUUACGGCACAUUUUCUAGUUAUGGAAAAAAGACGCUUGGAGUACGGCGCACGAUGAAUGGUUGGGAUGCCAGGAAGAACAAGUGA